AUGCUGCAAAACUCGAACCAUAAGCAAACACUUUCUUUCUGCUUGUUAGACAAAGCAGCAACAGCAGCAACAUCAAAGUCAAGACAGCAGAAGUGGAAAAUUAAUGUGCUAGUGGCAGCAUAUAAAAUGCUUGAUGGGCCUAUAAGCAUAACCAGAGCAAAAAACAACAACACAAAAGUUUCUUUGUUUCAAAGUGGAAUAAAACCAAAGUUUGAAAGAAAAUCCAUGGAAACAAGAAUUUGCUUUUCAUUUGCUACAUUAAUCGACGGAUCAUGUUUCGAGUGCUUUCAGCGUGUAGUCAAUCCAAUUGCUUUUGCUAAUUUCAUUCAAACAAAGGAGCGAAAAAUAACUGGAAGGGGUCAGCAUUUAGAUUGUAAUCAUUUCGUUGAAUUAUUAAGUUUCACUCAACAUUGUCACAAUCUUUUAUUUAAUCAACCGCACAACGUUACACAUUUGCUCCGUUCACAUUUAAAUUAA